AUGCUGCUCGACAACCCCCAACCGCAAGACCUCCAGUCCGAAAUCGCGCAGCUCGAGGCCCGCCUGCAUGACAUGCGGGCCCAGCUCGAUGCCUCCGAAUGCCCUCCCGCUUCUCACGCCGGAGAAAAGACACCCUGGACCAUGCCUUCAGAUAUCCAUAAGCACGACAAUAUCUGCAAUACAUUCCGCCCGAGCCUCGUCCGCUCCUCAUCCCUCCACGCGCUCCUCCUUCUCUCUGACUCCGCCCUGCCAUUGGGCUCCUUUGCAUACUCCAGCGGGCUGGAGUCCUACCUCGCACAUAAUAAGCCUCUCCGGUCCAACCCCAUCGCCUCCUUCCACUCCUUCCUCAAACUCUCUAUCGCCUCCAUCGCCAGCACAUCCCUCCCUUACGUCCUCGCCGGCUACCGCGAGCCAGACACCCUCGAGACCCUCGAUAAUGACCUCGAUGCCUCCACACCCUGCAUAGUCGCCCAGCGAGCCAGUAUCGCGCAGGGCCGCGCCCUAAUUGGUGUCUGGGAGCGCGCAUUCCGCGCCAGCUUCGCCGGCCCCGGUGCCACCGAUACCGGCGCCGAGGUGGCAGUCACAGCCAUGGACGACUUUUCAGAUGCACUGAAGUCGUCCUUCGGCGAGGACAACGAAUAUGAUCUCGGCCCUAAGGGCCACUUUGCACCACUGUGGGGAGUUGUCUGCCGAGCCACGGGCUUAGACCUGCAGCAAGCCGCAUAUAUCUUUGUUGUGAACCACGCCAAGGCUGUUCUGAGCGCUGCAGUGAGGUCUUCUGUGAUGGGACCGUACCAGGCGCAGAACAUCCUGGCGAGCCAGACCUUGCAAGAUACGAUUAUGAAGCGCAUUGAGCGCGAGUGGGAUACAAAGGUCGAGCAGGCUGGGCAGGUUGUUCCUGCUCUGGACCUGUGGGUAGGCCGUCACGAGCUGCUUUACAGCCGCAUUUUCAAUUCAUGA